GAUACAUACACGCACGCUCUUCCUUUUGGCUGCUGAGCACCUUCUCUUUCCAUCGCACAGCUUUCUCGCACGGGGCCACGAGAAGGACAGCCGACGGUCCGCAUAAGGUGGCACAAUGGGUGUGCAGGGCCUAUGGCAUCUCAUCCAGCCUUGUGCACGGCCUACCAAGCUCGAAUCGCUCGAGGGCAAGCGUCUGGCUAUCGACUCGUCCAUCUGGCUCUACCACUUCCAGAUGGCCAUGCGCGACAAGGAGGGGCGGACGCUGUCCAAUGCACACAUUCUCGGCUUUCUCUGGCGGAUUCUCAAGCUGAUCCACUAUGGGAUCCGACCCAUUUUUGUCUUUGACGGCGGCGCCCCGGUCAUGAAGAGGCAGACACUCGUCAAUCGCCGCACGAGGAGGCAAGGGGCAAAGGACGACCAUCGCAAGAUUGCAGAGCGACUGCUCAAUGCAAGGAUGCGUGAGGCUGCCGUCGUACACGUCUCGGGCGGUGGUGGGGCCAAGGGCAAGGAGAGACGAACAGGGUCUGGCGUCGACGAGGGGGCGACAGAAAGCCAGGGCGGCCAUGGCCUGGGAGCAGACACUGUCUACUUUGACGAUCUCGCUGCUCAGACAGGAGCUGCCCCAAGCGACGGUCGUGGUCAGACAGACGCCGAUCAGGGGCGAGGCCGUGGCGAUGGUGACGAUGAAAACGGUCUGGAUGAGCCGAGAGACUCGCCGGCGACGGAAGCCGCAAAGAGCAGAAACAAGCGGAAUGACUUCCAUAAAGAUCCCUAUGCGCUCCCAGCCUUGGAGCAGGACAUUUCUUCACUGACGGCCGACAGCAGCAACGCCUCGACGCGGGGCAAGGGCAGGAACAGGAGGCAGGACAUCCGCUUCGCCACCGAAGGAGAGCUCCGCGCCCUGCUGUCUUCCAUUGGACCCACGGACCUCGACAUGGAUUCCGAGUUUUUCCGCUCGCUUCCUCCCGAGCUCCAGUAUGAGCUGGUGGGCGACCUGCGUGCGGCCUCACGCGGCACCUCGUACAAGCGCCUUCAGACCAUGCUCGCCCAGUCGCCCACGCCCAUCGAUUUUUCAAAAGCACAGAUUGCCGGCCUCAAGACGCGCAACGAGCUCACCCAAAAGGUGCUCGAGGUCACCGACGAGAUUGGCGAUGCCCAUAUCAAGGUGCCCAUCCGCGUUGCAGGCGCACGCAACAAAGAGUAUGUCCUUGUCAAGAACAAGGGCAAGGAAGGCGGCUUCUCCUUGGGCGUCGUGGAUCAGGGUGCAUCCAAGGAAAAGGCAAUCGUGGUCGACGAAGAUGACACGGCGUCAUUCAAGAGCAGCACCGACGACGAAGGUGCGACGGCAAAAUUGACGGACUCGGACGCCGACAUGGAAGACGUGCCCAUCGACGUCUCUAUAGCUGUUCCCAGCGUUGCAGCCGACCCAGUGCCGGCCUCCACGGCUGCUGCGCUGGCACAAGCAAACCCAAACGAUCCAGCAGCGCGCAAGGAAGUGGCUCGGGAGUUGCUCCAACGCCGUGCCCAAGAGCUAGCAAGGGAAAAGCGACGGGAGCAAGGCGUCGAAGACGAACGGGAGAAAAUGGAAGACCAGCUGCGAAAGUCGAGGGAGGCAGCGGCAAGGGACCUCUUUCGGCCCGAAAACAUUGACAUGGACGCCGACGACGAGAGCGAAGACGAGGCAAGCGAAGACUGGCAAGAAAUUUACGAUGGCCACCGCAGCCGCCAAGACAAGAUGCUCGAAGAAGAUGAAGCUCAAGAUCUGGCAAUGGCUCUCAGAGAGUCCGUCGCGAGCACCAAGACGAGAGAGGAGGAGGUUGUGACGGUUUCAGAAACCUCUCUCGAAGGCGGCACCGACGAAGAAGACAUGGACGAAGUACCUACACAUGCUUUCGAAGCUCACGACUAUAGCUCUUUCUACGCCAGCGUGCCGGAGACGUCAAACAGCAGGACAGUGACGGCAGAGCACGAUCGCGUGGCUGGUGUCAGAGGGCAAGCUUGGCCGACUUUAGCAAAAGGCAAUGGGGCCAGGGAUGGUCCAAGAAACGGAGACCACCUGAGUCUGAACAGCUCAAGAGGACCGGCGCUCAGCUUUCGACUCUCAGACAGGCCGGGCUAUCCGGAACGGCUGAACUCCAAACUCCUGGUCAAGCGGCGAUGGGACGAGGAAGCAGACGAGGAAGAGGACGAAGAGGAGCAAGCCUCUCAGCCCCAGCAGAUGGUGUCUUUGUCCAGGAAGGAUAGCGGGGCCGGGUAUGCCACGAAGGAAGUCGCAACCCCAGUCGACCUGUCUGAGAGCGCGGAUGAGGCAGUCGCCACCGUGCCACAGCUGUCAACAAGUUCAGUGACAGUUUCGGCUCAGCGAGAUGCAGGCGAGGAGGCUGACGGCCCUUCGGCGGCUGCCACUGAACAGUCACCUGAGAUUGAGGUCAACGUCGUCGAUUUCGCGAUGCCGAGCUCACGCCGAUUAUCCAUAGCACGAAGGUCGAAAGCGAAAGCUGUCGACAACCGAGACGAUGCGCGCGUCCCUGAACUAGACAAUAGCCAUUCCUCGGGUGUCUCUGUGGAACCCGUGCAAAAGACGGACGAAGAUUCGGAACCAGCGAUGCCUACGGAGGUAGAGAAGAACGGUAGAGACAGGCAAGAAGACGUUGAAAAGGCUCCCAGCGUCGUCAAGGGCGACUCGAGCGGCCUGGUGGUAGACCUGCCCCAUUCGCACGGCACCAAGGAGGAACCAGAAGAAGAGCCGCAAUUCGACAAUUUGCCCGCUAUGAUGGACGAAGUAGUAGACGAGAGGCCAUUGCCUUCCCUCAACACUGCGGUCGAGGAAGAAGACGACGAUGAGGGUACGCCAAUCGAGUGGUCCCCUUCUCCGUCGCCAGGAGAGCCUCGGGCUCCGAUGCUGGGGGCCGAUGGCUUCCCACUGCCCAGCGCCGAGGAGCUAGAAGCCCUGGAAGCCGAUGACGAAGCCGAGCUCGGACAGAUGCAGGGCGAUCAGGACGAAUUUGUCUCGUUCCUCUCUCGUGCAAAAGGCCAAGGCCUCCAUCAGAUCCAACAAGAGGUACAGGAAGAGGUUGACAAGCUGCGCAGCGAGCAUGCGACGACGAGAAGGACAGAGGGUGAUGUUACGCAGCAAAUGGCACGUGAGAUCCAGCUCAUGCUCCGUCUCUUUGGCCUGCCUUACAUCACGGCGCCCAUGGAAGCGGAAGCCCAGUGCGCCGAGCUCGUCGCCCUCAGAUUGGCCGAUGGAGUCAUCACUGAUGACUCCGACGUCUUUCUCUUUGGCGGCACCUUUGUCUACAAGAACAUGUUUAACAACAAAAAGUAUGUUGAAUGCUUUAAGCUGUCGGAUCUGCAGCACGACCUCGGCAUGGACCGCACCAAGCUCGUGCAGCUUGCCUACCUCCUCGGCAGUGACUACACCGAAGGACUCGCAGGUGUCGGACCGGUCCUUGCAAUGGAGAUUCUUUCCAUCUUCAAGGGCGACGAUGCCCUCGUCAACUUCCGCCAGUGGUGGCUCAAGGUGCAGCAGGGCAAGGACUCCCACGUUGACGAUACAAGGGGCCUGACGAUGCGCCGCAUCAAGAAGUCGCUUCGAAACAAAGUGACGCUCGAUGCCAAUUGGCCUGACCCCAAGGUGUUAGAUGCCUACUAUGAGCCUCAGGUCGAUGUCAGCCGAGAGGCGUUUCAGUGGGGCUUACCUGACCUCGACUCGCUGCGGAGCUUCUUCCUUGAGUAUCUCCGGUGGCCCAGCGAUCGGACGGACCACUACCUGUUGCCAGCCAUCGAGGCACAAAAUCGAAGAAGCCGAGCGAGGGGCAAUCAGUCGACGCUCGACCGCGGAAAUUUCUUCGAUCUGACGGCAGGUGCCGGCGUAUAUGCGGGCCGGCAGAGGCCAACAUACGGCAGCGAGCGGACCGGAGCUGCGAAACCUAGACAAACGCCGCAGAGGCAGAGACGGGCUGAAGUGGGAAAUGUAGAUGGACUAGAGGAGCCGCAUGAACCGCAAGAGGGAGAAGACCAGUUUGGCGAGAAGGCGCUGAAGGAGGACGCAGAGCAGUGGGCAGGUGGCGAUGUUCCCGAGGAGCUGUUGGGAAAGGAGAUGGGGAAGAGAUCUCGUCCAAUCGUAAGGAGAGGAGAGGGUGGAGGAGAAAGGGAAGGUACAGAGAGAGGCAAGGACGUCGAGGAGUUUGAAGGUGAAAGAGGCGAGAAGACAGAUACGGGAAAGGGGCACGAUAAGGGUGGGCGUGGCAUGGCAGCAAAGAAGGCUAAAAGAAAGACGUCGAGCAAGGAGGAUGUUGCGCCCAAAAAGAGGACUAGAAGACCCAAGAAUCCCAUUGCACGAGGCGGCACCUCCAUCAGAACUGGCCGCAAUAUGUCGUUGGACGACGUGGCUUCGUUGCCUCCCAGCCGCGGUCAGAGCAUCACAGCCGGUCUGGUUCCACAAAGGGCCUCAGCAGCAAGGGCGAGGCAACUGAUCAACAUCGAGCCGAUCAGUGACAACAACGAAGACGGCUUCAGCAGCAGCGCAGAAGAAUAUCGAUAA